CUUGGAAGACGACUAGCUCAUCAUUAUUUGUCAAAACUGGAAUGAGCGGAUAACAGUGACCAAUCCACGUUCAGUAAAGUGGCUCAGCCAAAUCCGCCAAUCACAAUCUCUCCCCAUUUCAAACUCGAAACGCAAUAAAAUAUCCCAAGAAGAGAAGAGGGUAUACGGAUUGAAGCAAAACAGAGAAAGAAAAAGGCGUGUACAGCAAGACGGACUAGUAUUUUGGAAUCUCUUUUCUCACCUGCCAACUUCCAUUUCUGUAUACUUUUAUGCCCCCCCUUCCCUCACUAUCUUUUGUCUUCCCUCUUUCAAAAACUUCUUCAAUCGGACGUUUCUGUUUGUCUUUUAAAGAAAUAAAUAAAAAAAGAUCUGGAAAAGACUGUCAGUUUCAGUUUCCAGGACCAGUACGCUUUGCCAGUCGUUACAGAGAGAGAAAGCUCAACCAUUGCGGAGGAAGAGUGCUCAUGGCCUGUUUCUCCUUGCUGUUUAGGCUUCUGUUGGAAGCUGGGUGCUGAUCAACGCUCUUUUCUGGUGUGAAUUCGAAUAAAAAUCGAAUCUUUUUCCAUAUAUUUGUGUGUAGAGACAGGAAGUUACGAUUUGAUAAAGAGUAUGGGCUUUUCACCACUUUUUUGCUGCGUCAAGGGUUCUGGGAAGGACAAGACAAAGAAGAAGCCAAUGUGGCGGGUGUUUUCUCUGAAGGAAUUGCAAUCAGCUACCAACAAUUUUAACUAUGACAACAAGCUGGGAGAAGGCGGAUUUGGUAGUGUUUAUUGGGGUCAGCUCUGGGAUGGAUCACAAAUUGCAGUCAAAAGGCUUAAGGUUUGGAGUGAAAAAGCUGAAAUGGAAUUUUCAGUUGAGGUUGAAAUACUAGCCCGUGUACGACACAAGAAUCUGCUGAACUUACGGGGCUAUUGUGCUGAAGGGCAAGAACGUCUGAUUGUUUGCGAUUAUAUGCCCAACUUAAGCUUACUUUCUCAUCUUCACGGGCAGCAUUCAACUGAAAUCCUUCUUGAUUGGAAGAAGAGAAUGAACAUUGCCAUUGGUUCUGCCGAGGGGAUUGCGUAUCUGCAUCACCAUGCAACACCGCACAUUAUCCAUAGAGAUAUUAAAGCUAGCAAUGUCUUGCUGGACUCUGAUUUCUGUGCACAAGUUGCAGAUUUUGGAUUUGCAAGGCUCAUCCCUGACGGGGCAACACAUGUCACUACUAAAGUAAAGGGUACGCUCGGUUAUCUUGCCCCGGAAUAUGCAAUGCUAGGAAAGGCCUCAGAAAGCUGCGAUGUGUACAGCUUUGGCAUUCUUUUGCUAGAGAUUGCUACUGGCAAGAAACCGAUAGAGAAGGUCACCGAAACUCUCAAGUCCCCAAUCACAGGUUGGGUGCUGCCUUUGGCUUGUGAAGGGAAAUUCAGUGAAAUUGCAGACCCAAGGCUUAAUGGAAACUUCGUGGAGGAAGAACUGAAAAGAGUUGUUUAUAUUGCGCUCGUUUGUGCUCAUUCUCAAUCAGAGAAGAGACCGACGAUGCUCGAGGUGGUUGAGCUCCUCAAAGGCGACUCUAAGGAGAAGUUUGCUGCUAUAGAGAAUGAUGAAAUGUUUAAAAAAACUCAGGCUGUCAGUCACAAGAAUGAAUUUUCUGAAGCGGAAGACAGCUCAGAAUUCUUCUCGGAGGAAAAGGUAUCAAAACAAGAAAUUGAGACGGUUGAAAUUGGUCCUGAAGUGUGAACUAAUUCAAACUGCUUUGAGGAUUAUUGUAGAGAUGUUUCUUGAUUUAUUUUCCACAGAAUGCUGAAAGUUUGAGGUAGCCUGUGGGAUACAUUGGCUUUGGAAUUUAUGGAUGAUUUGAGUGUGUUGUGGGAGUGUGAAUAUUUAUGUGAUAUGCAAUUUUUCCCUUCCUGAUUUGUUUUGUUUAUCUUUGAACUCUGGAUUGAACACCAAAAUGUAUAAGCUUUCUGUCAUUUGGAUGAUUAAAAAACGAGGUUAUUUCUUUUUUUUUUUUGUAUUCUUUGCUUGGGGAGUACUUUUUCCAAGCUGACUUUGUCUUUAACUUUUCUCUUUUCAUGUAUUUUCCUAAUAAGUGAAUGAUACUACUCCUUCGUCCCA